AUGAGAAAACGUGGUUCUGUUGCUGAAUGUUUAAACCAUCCCUGGAUUGCUCCAAAAUCUGUUGGAGAUAUUCGUCUCAGACAGUCUUUGCAGAUCAACAUGGAUAAUUUCAGAGUUUUCCAGGCACGAAGACGAUGGAAGCACAGUAUGAAGGUCGUCUCCUUGUGUAACCGUCUGUCAAGAAACCGGUUACGCUCGCUGUCAGGAGAGGGCAUUAGUGAAACUGGACGGGAUAGUCCUGUUGUCAGCAUAGAACCUGGAACCAUGGCAGCGGAUGAUAACUUUGUGUUGUCUGCUGUAUUCUGUGCAGUUGAAGAGGAUAACGUGGCUGGAUUAGAGGAACUACUGUCAAUGGCCAAUAUAGAUAUCACACAGACGAAUAAACACGGUGAGGGUGCAGUACACAUUGCUGCAGGGCUUGGUCGGCUAGAUAUAUUAAAGUUGUUAUGUACACACGGGGCUAACCUGGGGCAAAUUGAUCGGCAAGGAGACAGUGCUCUUUACUGGGCAGCGAGGCAAGGACAUGCUCAGGUCAUAAAGUUUUUAGUUGAACAGGGGGUUCAUGUAAAUCAACAAAAUAAGAGUGGAGAGUCUUGUUUACAUGCUGGCUGUAAAUAUGGGCAUGCAAGUGUACUGGAGUACUUAUCAUCUAUACAUACUAAUAUAGAUCUACUAGACAAUCAUCGUGAGUCCGGAUUACAUAUUGCUUCUUGGCACGGAUAUCCCCGGAUAGUGGAGAUACUUUGUCAAGCCGGGGCUAAUCUUGACAUCAAAAACGAGGAGGAAGAGACUCCUCUGCAUGUUGCAGCGGGUCGGGGACAUAUUGAAUGUGUUCGUUGUCUCCUUGAAGGGGGUAAAGGAGGUUCUGCCCCACUGGACUCCCAGGAUAGGAGUGGAUCAACUCCUUUACACCUUGCUCUCAGGAGAGGACAUGUACAUGUUGCGAUGCUGCUGUUGCAUGCAGGAUCAGAUUUUGAUAUACAGGACAGCGAGGGUGAAACUGCUAUCCAUAUCUGUGCCCGGGACGGUUUACUGGGCUUGGCGCAGACUCUGUGCGCGUUUGGUUGUAAUGUUGAUCUUCAGAACGAGGAUGGAAUGCUUCCCCUUCAUCUAGCUGCCAAAUAUGGACAUACUGAAGCUGCUAGAUGUCUCUGCCUGGCUGGUGCGCGUAUCGACGCUAAGAACAAGGAGGGGGUGGUGGCCGAAGUUUGCGCUAGAGUACAGGGACACACUUCUCUAGGAGAUUUGUUGCACAGACUGAAGAUAGAUGGUGGGACCGAUGACUAUAUUGAACAGCUGAUCCCCACCACAAGCCCAAUAUCUAAAAUCAAAAUAAAGUUCUUCGGACACUCUGGGGUCGGGAAGACGUGUAUCAUUGACAGUUUAAAGGCCGGAUAUUUCUCUAGUUUGUUUAGACGGGGAAGUAAAAGAAAUUCUUCCUUCUCAGAAGACCCUAAAACACCCACCUCUGAGCCCACCAAACCACCUAAACUGCGUGCUUCAAAAUCUCCGAAACCUGAGCCGAGUAAGGUAUCUGGAUUGGUCAAGAAACCUGCCACUUUGUCGGUCACAAAUCCUUCAACUCCGCGGAAACGAACGGAUCCAAUCCGUCCAGUCCGACGCUCCGAUACACAAUCCAUCAAACCUAAUAUCAAAGCAGGACGGAUUGAGAUAUGUUCUACUCAGAAGGAAUCAAUUGGAGCGGUUAAAUCUAGUUUAGGGAGCAGUAGGAAGGUAGUUGGGAGCCCACGUGUUGAUACAGGACUUGUGCGUGGGUCAGGUGGGAGCGAACGUGUGGAUACAGCGAAUGCUCGUGCAGUCGGAGGAAGUGCUCGUGGGGCACGUGGACCUGAAGCUAAAGAAUCCUCCAAAGGAGGACGAAAGAGUUCGUGGACUGCGCAUAUCAGUCCGCAUUCAAGAUCAGAGGAGCUAGCCAUUGGAGGUGUAUCUGUUGGUUCGAUGGACUCUGAAGUUCUUCACUCUAUGUAUCAGCAUCCUUAUACCAAAGGCGUGGAUGUUCUACAGGCAAAUAUCUCUGGACCAGGAGAGGUUUCAAUCUGGGAGUUUUCAGGACAAGAAUCAUACUAUUCUCUCUUUGACCAUUUUAUAGGAAAUAGUCACUGCAUCCAUGUAGUAGUUUACAACUGCGCAGACCCAAUCCAGGUUCAGAUAAACCAAUGCUAUUUCUGGUUAACUUUUCUACAGAGUAGAAUACCUCCAGUAGAACCUUUAGGGGAUGAGGGGAAAUCUCAUAAGCCUGCUUUUGUAUUAUUGGUUGGAACACACGCCGACCUCUCCCACGCUAGGAAAAACUCUUCCGGAGAGUUUUCUUCGCCAACCCAGGGAGUUCUCAAGGAAAAGGUUUUGGAGAAGUUUGGUCGUAUCUUCAGUAUAGAAGAUAAUUUCAUCCUUCUUGAUGCUAACUCUGCCUCCAGUCCUGGAUUCAAAUCCUUCAAAUCAAUUCUUCAGACCAGGAAACAACAGAUUAUAGAGGGAAAGGAGGCGAACCUUGCCAAUAUUUUGGCAGAAACAGAAGUAGUUUCAGCUUUCCUACCCUCAUCAUAUACUCUUCUUACUCAGAGAGAACCUGGAGCACAGGGUUUACCACGUGUGACCCAGUUCCUGGAGUGUGUCCUGCAGGAGCUCCCGGAGUGGAGACAAACCUUAAACCCGUUCCCCGUCCUAACCUGGCAGCACUUCAUCGAUCAUAUUCAUGAUGUGGUCAAUCCAUUGGCUGGAGACGAACAUCUUAAGGAAAUCAUCCAACAGCUGCAGUUGAUGGGUGAGGUUGUUUAUCUAAAAUCGGAGAUAGAAGAUCUUAUUUGUUUGUGUCCCAAGUGGGUUUGCAGUACACUUUGUGGUUAUCUCCUCUCAAGUGAGUUUCGGUCGCACUCCCGUCCUACUGGUUCUUACAGCCUAGAGGAUUUCCAGCUUGCCUUGCCUGAAUACGAUGCUGCAGAUACUAUUAACGUACUAGAGGCUCUUGGUAUUUGUAUCAAGUGUAAUAUCGCUGGUGAGGUGGAGUGUGAGUUCCCCUGUUAUAAUCAGCUGGAGGCUGAAGAGGACACAUGGGCUCCUAAUCCUGUUUACAACGGAGGACAUUUCGGAGGAGUUGUCCUCCAAACCUCUCUUGCAGCCUCACAUAUUCUCUCCGUGAUGUUCCCAAGAGUUCAGAUUCAACUCAGAAGGAAUACAAUUAGAAGGUUUGAAAAUGACGAGGUGAGCUUGUUCCAAUGGAAAGGUGGGAGUAGGAUGUUCUGUGGGAGUCUGGAGGGAGUAGUUGAACUAAUAACUCCAACCAGUGCUCCGAGUAGGAUUGGAGUCAAGGUUCGGGGGCCUCCGGGUACCAGUAAACUCUGCUUCUACUUUCUAGAGGAACUACUCGGAGUAAUUGAUCAGGUCCUUCUGGAGAUGAGUCCUGGACUCGCGAUAGAUAAACAUAUUCUUAGCAGUAAAGAUCUAGAGAACUAUACUGAACCCCACUCCUGGUCCCCAGCUCAGGCCAUGCAGUCCUUGAAGGAGGAGGGUUGGGAGGGAUGUUUGAUCCAUCCUGAAGGUUGGAGUGAAUCCUUGAAUAAUCUUCUCUGUUGGGGUUCACAGGAAGUACAAGACGUUCUCAUUCAAGGACCUAGCAUUCAUGUCUCAAGCAUUAGUACAGUUACAAGACAAACUCUGUGCUUUCUCCUAGAUAAACCACAUAAACUUGGCAGAGACUGGUGUUUGCUAGCUGUACAAAUGGGUUUAUCUGACAAGGUUCCCAAGCUAGAUGUUGGAGCAGGAUCAUACAGCCAAACUGCGAGGUUACUAGAUGAGUGGGCUAGCUCCUCGGAUAGCUCCGUAUCUAACCUGCUAGACCAUCUAACUACUCUUGGAAGAGAAGACUCUGUACAUGCUCUUCUCUCGGGAUGCAGUCUCUACAGAAUAAAAUCUCAUGUUCCUGGUUCAUCAGACGCAGAUCUUAAUCAUAGUGGGGGAUCUAACAUAUCUAGAUAGAUAGAUAAUCUAGAUAGAUAGAUAAUUUAGAUAAUCUAGAUAAUUUAGAUAAUCUAGAU